AUGAACGUAAUCAGAAGUUUGUGCCGUUCUUCACCAUUAAUAAGAAAUAUUAUUAGCACUCACACAUUGGUAAGACCUCUGACCACCGCGACAAUCACACCUAUAAAACCUAUAGAAGCAGUUCCAACAACUGUAGAAUUAGAUAAAUUAUAUAAACGAGUUGAACUUGAAAUGAGAGGCAUAGACCCAGCCGUAUUAUUAAGUUAUUCUUGGUUUUGUAUUGCUGCAGCCUCUCACUUAGGCAUUGAAGUUACUAAAAGCUGGGCCUUAAGAAAAGCAGAAAAAGAGCGCCAUACACUAUUAAGAUGUGUCCAUAUCUAUAAGAAGCAUAGAGUUCAAUAUGAAAUAAGAACAUAUUUUAGAUUUGUACAUUUACAAAGACUCACAGGUUCAACAUGUGACACAUACUUGGAGUAUAUUGAAAGGAACCUACCAGAAGGAUGUGCUCUUAAAGUAACAAAAGUAGAAUGCCAAAAGAUACCAGAUCACAUUACACCACCAAAA